AUGGCCUCCUCCUCCUCACCCUCCCCGCCUCUCGCCUCUCCCUCCCGGACAAACCCUAACCCUCACGCCGGCGCAGAUCCUCGAUCUGAUCCCUCCAUGCCCGCCGCCAGCGACGGCGACGGAGCCUCCCCCGCGUCGACGGAGCUGCAGGAGGAGGCCGAGCUGGCCGCGCCGGGGAAGGAGGAGCUGGAGCCCCCUACACCUGCCGAGGAGACCCCAACCCCUAGGAAGACACGCCUGCCGCGCGCCUGCAACAGCAAGCCGAGGCUCCCACCCCCGCCGCCGCUAGAACGGCUGCGUCGCCGAGCUGCAGCGGGUGCCGACGCGGACGUGACGCCGCAAUGCCGCGUGGUGACGCCGCUUGUGUCGGAGCCCGAAGCGCCCGCGGAGCUGGCACGGUGGCGACUCCGCUGUAUGUGGGAGCUCGGCUCCGUCCUCAACUUCUUCCACGUGUUCCGCGCUUUGCUCAACAUCACGGUGGAGCUCACGGCAGAGGAUAUCGAGGCGGCACUUAUCACGCCUAACGGUACUCUAUACGAUCUUCACAUGCCGCUGCUAAAGUCAAUUCCCCCAAUAACCCGCAUGGCGAUGGGGCGCGGAACCUGGGUAACCGUCCUAUGUAGAAAACUAAGGGAUUGGUGGCAUUGGGUUGCAGAAGGUGAUCUACCAAUAGUUGCAUCACAUGGAGCUGAAAUUGAAAUGUACAAGGAGCUUGAACCAUCGACUCGUUUACUGAUCUUGAAAGCGAUAUGUGACAUACGUGUCGAGCAAGAUGAUAUACGCAACUACAUUGACACUAACGUAAAGCGUGGUUAUGACCUUUCUACCUUCCGUAAAGAACGAAUUGGGGGAGAUUCCCUUGGAAUCUCAUAUUGGUACGAAGAUGAUCCAAUUCUUGGACAUAGAUUGUAUCGUGAAAUUAGACGAGUGGAACAGAUGAAGAAGGAACCUGGGAAGAGAUUGAAGGGAAGAAGAAUUUCAACUCCUCCAGUUGUGUCGUAUCAUUGGGAAACCGUUGCGUCCACUUUUGAAGAAUUUGAUGAUGUUGCAGAAAAACUAUCUUCUAGUCGGAACAGGACAGAGGUUUCCCUUGGCAAGAAGUUGAAGAUUGAAUAUCUUCCGGAGAUCGAAAAGAUUCAUAAAAAGAAGGAGAAGAUGCUCAAAAAGCAACAGAGAGAAGCUCUCCUCCUCGAUAGUUACUUGACAUCAGAUAUUACCACUGGUCGAUCUCUUCGUGAUAGAAAGCCUGUAACAUAUACUUUUGAUGACUAUGACCGCUCAAUAAACGAAGCCAUUAAAAUAACGAAGUAUGUGGAUCAUCUUUAUUGCUUCAUAAAUUUCCUUUGGAAAAGGGAAAACUCUGCCGAGCUUGUUACUACUCUCAAUAGAAGGAUGCUUAUACCGAGACAAGAGUCAUCAAGUAACGGCAAGUUAAAUGGCCUCUCCCUAGCCAAUGAAUUAGAUGAUGGAAAUUCUUCAAAGUCGGAUGACUACCAAGAUAGUGAUGGGGAACAAGAAAAUGAAGCACUUGAUCGCAGUAACCGGCGCAGGAGAAGAUCUCAGCGAUACACACAAGAUUUUGUUCAGGCUGUCUCGGAUAUUGAUCUGAACUUUGACAGUGAUGAUGAUAUCAUGGGAGAAGCGGUUUAUGAUGAGGAAUAUUUGAGAACUCGCAAACUGCUGAAGACAUCAAGUGCUUCUGAAGAGGAUGAAGAGUUCCGGUUGGAAGAGGAUGUUGAAGAUGACGAUGAAGAAGAGGAAGAGGAGUUUUCUGCAGGCACCAGCGAAGAUAUAGAGGAGCCCCAGCGUCAUAAAAAGUUGCGAAGUCAAAAUGUCCGAGGUGCUAAGCUGAGAUCUGUUGAUGAAAUCCAAACAGGUCUCAGACGCAGCAAGCGUUCUUCUCGUCCACGUAUAAACUACCAGCAGUAUGAUUUUUCAGAUACGGAUGCAGAGGCGGGAAAGGCAGGUAAAUCAGAUGCAUCAGACCCUGAUGCCAACUCUGAUGCAGAAAAUGGUAUGGAACUCUCGACAUCAAGUCAAGGGCAACAGGAAGAAGAGGAUGAUGGCCCCGAGGAACUAAAAGUUAGUAAUGGUAACGAUAAAAUGGCUGAAGACCAUGCAGUGGCAGCAAAUAAAGAGCAAAAGGAGGAGCAGCUGCAACUGCAGCCAGAGUCUGUAGAGAAGAUGGAUGCUCCCAGCAGGGAGAAUGGAAGUGUUGGAAGAACAUUCCUAGAUCUAAACGAGCUUGCGCCUGGAGGUGGCUUUGACGAAGGCCCUAGCCUGGCAAUGAAAGAUGAGGACAUGGAUAACAGUUAG